AUGCAAGAGGUGUGUAGCACAUUGGAGACCCAAAUGGGCACCCAAAUCAAGUCGGAGUCACCGCUCAAUCCGCUGCAAGUGCAAACGGGCCAGACCGUAGUGCCAGUAGCCGCACCACAGCCGCAGGGGCCGCCACCAGCGGUGAUGCUUGUCAACAAAAUGGGACCCAACUGUGAUAAACGAGCGGCCGACACGGCCUACUGGAUGGCCUCGGAAGGUGGCUUUAUCAAUUCACAGCCCUCGAUGGCGGAAUUCCUCAACCAUCUCAGUCCGGAGAGUCCGAAAAUUGGCACACCUGUUGGCGGUGGUGGUGGUGGCGGCGGUGCUGGCGGAUAUCCGGUUGGUGUGGUGCCGCAGACGCCAGACGGCAUGGACUCUGUGCCCGAGUACCCAUGGAUGAAGGAAAAGAAGACAUCGCGCAAGAACAACAAUAACAACAAUCAGGGUGAUAAUUCCAUAACUGAAUUCGUUCCAGAAAACGGCCUGCCCCGACGUCUUCGAACCGCAUACACCAACACACAGCUGCUGGAGCUGGAGAAGGAAUUCCAUUUCAAUAAAUAUUUAUGCCGCCCCAGAAGAAUUGAAAUUGCAGCCAGCUUAGAUCUGACCGAGCGACAGGUAAAAGUUUGGUUUCAGAAUCGUCGCAUGAAACACAAACGACAAACGCUCUCCAAAACAGACGACGAGGACAACAAAGACAGCCUAAAAGGUGACGAUGAUCAGUCCGAUAGUAACUCCAAUUCGAAGAAAUCGUGUCAAGGUUGCGAACUGCCUUCCGAUGAUAUACCGGACUCGACUUCGAACUCACGGGGACACAACAACAAUACGCCCAGCGCCACCAACAACAAUCCGAGUGCAGGAAGUCUCACACCCAAUUCCUCGCUAGAAACGGGCAUCUCUUCAAACCUGCUCGGCAGCAGCACCGUAUCCGCCUCCAAUGUAAUCAGCGCCGACUCGAGUGUGGCGUCCAGCGUCAGUCUGGACGAGGAUCUGGAAGAGAGUCCCAUCAAGGUGAAAAAGAAAGAUGACAGCCAGGUCAUCAAAAAGGAAGCGGUUUCCACCUCAUCCAAGGCCUCACCCUUUGGCUACGACACUCCGACGGCAUUUCUGAGCAGCUUUCGGCGCGACUCCGACGCCUCAUCGCAUCACAGUCAAGCGACAACUGCCACGCCCAUUGGCAAAGGCAAGAAGCGUUUCCAGCCACAACCCAAUCCAAAUGCCAUUGCGAGCGAAAAUACUGUGGCCGGACCCAAUCCGUACUUCCCCGGUUAUUAUCCCAACGCCAAUGCAAAGCAACAACUACAACCGUUGCAGUUGCACGUGCAACAACAACAACAGCAGCAGCAACAACAACAACAAACGCCAGGUCAAGACUAUUACGGCAAAUACGAUAUUGAAUUCGCCGCAUCGCCACACCACAAUCCACACAAGCUGCAGCAACAGCUGCACGGCGAAUAUCUAAGUCCCAAACCCAGCGCCGGCGUCAAUUUCCAUCCAAACACUCAACAACACCAGCACGAGCAGCAGCAGCAGCAGCAACAACAACAGUUCUACUACAACUACAACGAUGUGAAUGGCGGCAAUGCUGCGUACUUGAAUCACCAACAACAACAACAGCAGCAGCAGCAACAACACCAUCACGUUGGAGAAUUUGAGGCGCCACCUAUCAACGGGCCCGCGAACUUCUAUGAUCCCAAGACGCAGGCAAGCACUUACUACGACAACAUGAGUUUCCAAGCACACCAACACCAGCCCGUGCUGUUUCAACAACAGCAGCAACAACAACAACAGCAGCAGCAACACCAACACCACCAGCACCAAACUGCAAUCAACAAUCAGCAACACAUGCACCAUUUGGGAGCUGGGGAGGCAUACAGCGCCCUUGGCCUGCAGAUGGAGAACUGCGACGGCUACAACAACUUUGGCGGCUACUACGAGGCGGGUCAACAGGCGGCGGUGCCGGUGCCACCCCCGCAUCCACAGCACAGCCACACACACCAUCCCCACCACCACGUCCAGGUGCAGACUCAGGCUCAGGCUCAAGCUCAGGCUCAGGCGCAUGCCCAUCUUCAUGCGCACCACAAUCCGGUGGCUGCGGCGGCGGUCAGUGCUGUGGUUGCUGCCCAAGGAGUGGUUGUGCCGCCACCGCCGCCGCCACACAUACACAUGGGCGCCAAUGCCAGCUUUGCGGUUAAUGGAGCGCCCGCAGGACAGGGACAGGCGUUUGCGAACAACGGAGCGGGUCCUGUGGGGGGAGGAGCCGCCGCCAUUACGGGCCUGGAGAACUCGAACAGCUCGUCUGACUUUAAUUUUCUCAGCAAUCUGGCGAACGACUUCGCACCCGAAUAUUAUCAGCUCAGUUAG